AUUCUAUAUUUAAAACUCGAAGAUAUCGAAUGUUUAACCGAAAGUGAAAAACUUUAAUAAUAAGUGAUAAAAUAUGCAACCUUGCAAUUAUACUCCAGAAUACAUUAACAAAAUAAAAGAAAAUAAUUCUAAUUUGGCAAGAGCUUUGACCGAAGAGAAAAGAAAAUAUGCACAGCUUUAUACAGAAAAAGAGUCGCUGGAUAAACGUGUACUUCAGUUAACGAAGAAAAAUCAUGACCAGAAGAAAUAUACCGAUUACCUUUUGAAUGUACUACAACAAACUCAUCAUUAUGUAAAAGAGCAAACAACAAAGGUUGAAAAAAUGAUAAAUAAGAAGACAGAUGAUUUUUUUUAUGACCGUUUUUCAUUUGUCCCAACACCAAAUUUUUUGGAUAAUUCAAAUUUUAACAUACCCAGUCCAACGCCAACAACAAAAUCCUAUGAAUAUGAACCAAAUUUUAUUGCAAGACGCAGAUCUAACAUACUUAAAAGAAGUGUUCGACCUUUUAGUGAAAUGGAUAAAGACACGUCUUUAAUUAACACAUCAAUUGGAGAAGAUAAAUCACUAUCGACAUCGACUUCUUCAUACAAUGCUUCCUCGUUUGAGGGUAUUGCAGAUUUUAUUGAGGAAGAAGUUGAUCACAUUAGAGACCAGACAAAAAGGGACAGUUUUUAUACAUACAGAGAAGCUAGUAGCAGCCCAGCAGAACUACUGGCAAAUUAUAAUAAAACAAUAAUCGCAAUCCAGGAUAUGGAAUUGACAUAUGUUAAUAAUAACCAAAGAAUUAUUGCAGUUGACGACAUGAGUUUGGCCAAUUCGGGAAGGCUAUCCGACAAAAAUCAUGAAAGCUACAACAAUGGUCCGACACAUUCAAAGAAAAUAACGCAAAUUGUCAAAGAAAAAGCGACUGCCAAUAUGAUGGCAUCAAAUAAAAGUAAUGAUACAACACAUACGAAAAAUAAUGUAAUCCAUAAUACUGUAGAAAAAUCGAAUCCGACUUUUAUGGUACCUAAUAAAAGCAAUACUUGCAGCAACAAUAGUGAAAUUACAAAGGAAAGACUUUCGAAGAAAAUAAUUCAUAAUAAUUCCGAAAAAUCGAAUGUGAUUGAUAAAAAUAUCAAUAAAAGUAAUGAAUCCAGCAAUGAAAUAUUAACAAACGAAACAAAUUCGAAACGCAUAACCCAAACUAAUGCAGAUAAAUCUGAUAAGAAGAAGAUUCCAGUUGCCAGUAAAAGUAAUGUCGAGAUCAGCAGCCAUGGUGCAAUUGCAAAGGAAACAUUUAAAAAGAAAUUAACACACACUAUUAAAGAAAAAUUCGAUACAAUUGCUACGGGAUCCGAUGAAAAUAAGAGUAACAACAAUGACGUGUUAAUACAGGAAUCGAAUAUUAAUGAGACUAAUAGCAACGGUGUCAUACAAGAAAAAAAAUCCGAUACGAAUGAUUUGCGAUCAACUAAAAAUACCACAAGCAACGUUGAACCUGCAAUAAUACCGGAAACACAUUCGAAGAAUAGAAGUGACGAAAAAGCCGAUAUAAUAUAUUCAGACAUCUUAAAUAAUAAAUGCACGGAGAACAAUUACAAAUGCUUAAGUAAAACUUCUACAAUUGAAGAACCUUCCACAAGUGAAACCAUAACCGAAGUAACGCAAAUCAACAUUAUGUCACUUAUUCCGAGUAUAUUAAUUGAUCGCCUGACCGAAUUAAGUAAUGAAAACAAUAAUGCAAGUGGCGAAACUGAUUUUAAAAAACAGAGACCGGACAAUGAUAAUAAAACUAGUGAAUUAAAUAACAAUCCAUCUGAUGAUAAUAAUAUUACUAAAAAGGGUUCGCAUGGAAAUGCCAAUACAAAUAUUCGAAAAGUCGAAAAAUUGAGUCAAUCAAAUGAAGAGAUAACAAAUUCAAACAAAAAAGAAAAGUCAAGUAAAAUAGAAGGAAAAUCAGGCACAAGUAAACAAACACAAAAAUUGUGUAAAACAUCUGAGAAACAAAGUACAAAUAAAAAAGCCGAAUCAAGUAAAACAAACGUAAUAAUAACUAGAUACAAAAAGACUGAAGAAAUAAAUGAUGAAAAUAAUUUGCCAACAACAAAUUCAAGUAGAAAACUUAGCUUUAAAAUACCAAAGAAGAGCGUUAGGCCUAAAAGGGCGGCAUCUAUGAACGUCAACUACAAGGAAUCACCCCUGAAAAUAAAAAUGCGACGAGAGUAAUGAAGAAGUAAAAGCUAAAAGGUAGAAAUUAGAAAAUUUUACUAAAUUUAUAAAAUGGAAGACUGACUGAUCCAGUAUGUGUUCGUUUAGUUGUCAGCACAAUUUAAAAAUUGUAACAAGCUGACAUUUUAAUAUAAUGCAACGUUGUGUUUAAUUGAAAUAAUAUUAAUACACAAAAAAUAAAUCUACAAGAUCAUAAUAAAAAGAUUUGUAGUCCAUUUAGAAUUCGAAGCAGAUAGUGAUUUGCUUCAUAUGAUGACUCCUAUGAGAUUCCUAAAUACUAGCCUUAACGUGCACGUUCGUGGCUUUUCAGCUGGCGUAAUCCUAAUAAAUUUCUCCAAAAAAUAGUCCGAUAAUAAAAUACGCUACGCAUUUAUGAAUCCUUCUAUCCUCCUUCGUCAUACUGUCACAGUUCCCUAAUAAAUAAUACGUCAUUAAAGGUAGAUCCUAUCCACUGCGUAUUAAUCUAAAAUUUGAAAAAACCCACGAGUUAGUA